CGUGAUAGGAGGCAGCUGCAGGUGUGGGGCCACUGACUGAGAAGAGAGGAGUUCCCAGGGGAAGGGAAGCGGCAGAACAACUGCAGAAGUGCAGGGAGCGGGAAGGUACUAGGGCAGCAGCUUCCCGCCGCCACCAGCCGGGGCAGCAGCAGGAACAGCAGGGGGAGGAGCAACAGCUGCCGAAUUCUCCAACUAGAGGAGGGGGAGGCGGAGCUUGGGUCCCUGUGGCAGCCGGAGGCGCAGUCUGGACUCUAGUUUCCCGGGAGAGAGGAGAGCUGGAGCACGAGCGGAGCGGAGCGCAGUCCUCCGAGCAUCAGCUCCAGCAUCCCGCCAGGGGUUGCAGGUGUGUGGGAGAGAUCCUGAACCAGACCCUAAAGAUGAGCAAGAACACUUCCCACCCCUUUCUACAGCAAACUUCUAAGGUUAAAUAGUGCUUUGGGGGAUGAGGGUUAAUUAUUAUACAAAGGCUUGAGCUCUCCCAACAUGGCUUUCCUUAGACUCUUCUCUUUGCUGAUUCUACAAAGUCUGGCUUUAGGGGCCACUUUCCCUGAUGAAACCAUUGCUGAGUUGUCAGUGAAUAUGUAUAACCAUCUUCGAGCCACUGGGGAAGAUGAAAAUAUUCUUUUCUCUCCAUUGAGUGUUACCUUCGCUAUAGGAAUGAUGGAACUUGGGGCCCAAGGGUCUACCCUGAAAGAAAUCCGUCAUUCAAUGGGAUAUGAUAGCCUGAAAAAUGGUGAUGAAUUUUCCUUCUUGAAGGAUUUUUCUAACAUGGUCACUGCUAAAGAGAGCCAGUAUGUGAUGAAAAUUGCCAACUCCCUCUUUGUGCAAAAUGGAUUUCAUGUCAAUGAGGAAUUUUUGCAAAUGCUGAAAAAGUACUUUAAAGCAGAAGUAAAUCAUGUGGACUUCAGUCAAAAUAUAGCUGUGGCCAACCAUAUCAAUAAGUGGGUGGAGAAUAACACAAAUAGUCUGUUGAAGGAUUUGGUAUCCCCCAGGGAUUUUGAUGCCAGCACUCAUUUGGCCCUCAUCAAUGCUGUCUAUUUCAAGGGGAGCUGGAAGUCACAAUUUAGACCUGAAAAUACUAGAACCUUUUCCUUCACCAAAGAUGAUGAAAGCGAAGUCCAAAUUCCAAUGAUGUAUCAACAAGGGGAAUUUUAUUAUGGAGAAUUUAGUGAUGGUUCCAAUGAAGCUGGGGGUAUCUAUCAAGUCCUAGAAAUACCCUAUGAGGGAGAGGAGAUAAGUAUGAUGCUGGUAUUGUCCAGGCAGGAAGUUCCACUCGCCACUCUGGAGCCAUUGGUCAAAGCACAACUGAUUGAAGAAUGGGCAAACUCUGUGAAGAAACAAAAAGUGGAAGUGUACCUGCCCAGGUUCACCGUGGAACAGGAAAUUGAUUUAAAAGAUGUUUUGAAGGCUCUUGGAAUAACUGAAGUUUUCAUCAAAAAUGCAAAUUUGACAGCUUUGUCUGGUAAUAAGGAGAUUUUCCUUUCCAAAGCAAUUCACAAGUCCUUCCUCGAGGUUAAUGAAGAAGGCUCAGAAGCUGCUGCAACCUCAGGAAUGAUUGCAAUUAGUAGGAUGGCUGUGCUGUAUCCUCAAGUUAUUGUCGACCAUCCAUUUUUCUUUCUUAUCAGGAACAGGAGAACAGGUACGGUCUUGUUCAUGGGACGAGUCAUGCAUCCUGAAACAAUGAACACAAGUGGACAUGAUUUUGAAGAACUUUAAAUCAUUUCAUAUGCAAAAUAGUAACUAAACGUGUUAUGUUUGCAACUGGUGUAUUUAAGAUUUGUGUUUUACAGUAUAUCUUAUGAUAAUAUUUAAAAAUAGUUCCAGAUAAAACAAUGUAUGUAAAUUAUAAGCCAACUUGUCAAGGAAUGUUAUCAGUAUCAUUGAGGUAAUAGUCCCAUGGUGUCAUUGUGUCUGUUGUGCUGGUAUUUAAAAUAAAAGUACAUAUUGAUCAUGUGAA